UGAAAGAAAAAAUCAUCUGUGAAAUACAGUAACAGUCAGGCCAUGAAGAAACAACAUCCUCCCCACACAGUUAUUAGCACCCCUUCUCCCCUACACAAACAGACCCAUUCACUGACUCACAAACAUGCCAUCAUAGUGCACUGGUUGUGAGAAUGCAUGUGUGUGCAGGGCUGUGUUUAUGAGUGUGUGUUUGUCAGCAGCAUGGCAUUGCCCAGCCUCAGAAGGAAUGACAGGACUCAGAGGUGGGGGACAUGCUCUGUGAAUAAAUCAUGCUAAUUGUUUUGGGAAGACUGUGAAAGUUCGACCCAAGAUGAAGGCACAGAAGGAGGCUUUCUCUCGGGCAUCAGCUGCUUUUGCUGCUCCUCUCCUCUUGAUCCUUGCCGUUCUGAUUCACUCAGCAUGUGUUCAGGGAGUGAACAUCACCAGUCUCGAGUCUCUAAUCAGAGGGACGGUGGGCGGAGAAGCUCUGCUCCCCAUCCGAUACUCAAGCACCAGUCUGGAUCCUCCUGUAAUCAAAUGGCAGCUGAAAAGGGACAAACCUAUUACAGUGGUCCAGUCCAUUGGCACGGAGAUCAUUGGAAACCUGCGACCGGAAUACAGAGACCGCAUCCUUGUGUUUGAGAAUGGAACGCUGCUACUCCAUAAUCUCAAGCUGUCUGAUGAGGGCACUUAUGAAGUAGAGAUCUCCAUCACCGAUGACACCUUCACUGGAGAGAGCAGCAUCGAUCUGACAGUCGAUGAGCCAAUUUCUAAGCCACAUGUCCACAUGGUCACCUCCACCGUGCUGGAACUGAUGGAGAAUUUCACACUGAACUGCACCCAUGAAACAGGCACUAAGACCACCUACGGCUGGGCUAAAGGUGGUCAUCCAUUACUCAACGAGACCCGUCUGCUGCUGUCCCCGGAUCAGAAGGUCGUGACCAUCACCCGUGUUCAGAUGGUUGAUGAUGACGUCUACAGCUGCAUGGUGGAGAACCCUAUUAGUAGCAUGAGAAGUCUACCAGUCAGACUCACCGUUUACAAAAGAAGCUCUCUUUAUAUCAUACUGUCUACAGUUGGCAUCUUCCUCCUUGUCACCCUUGUAACUGUGUGUGCUUGCUGGAAGCCGUCUAAAAAAUCAAAAAAACAGAAGUCCAAAACUAUUAAACCACGAGCCAUUUCUCAAAAUCAUCACAUCAGGUAUGGAGACGUCAAGCCAGAGGAUGAUGCCAUCCCAGUAAUGACUGAUCACGAGCGCAGGAAUCCUGUAUCACUCUACAUCUUAAAAGAGAAGGAUUCUCUUCCUGGCGAACCAGCGUCAACGUGUGAAACAUGCACCUCCAACAGCAGCAGCCCACCGAGCUACAGCAGCUCAGUACCUCCUCCAUCCGACCUGCUCGAGCCGCCAGCGCGCUCCUCUCGCGGAUACCCUCGCACCCACACUAAAUCCCCACCGCGCCAUCGACGGAGGAAGGGACACAGUCAGAGCCCACCAGCCCCCUCCUCGCCCAGCAGCCGAGGGUCUGUUCAAGCCUCUCAGCGCACUGCGUCCUUUUCUCCAGCCAGGAUUCCUGAGGAUCCAUCCACCCCUCCACAGGAACCCAGAGGCUCCCCAAAAACAUAGAUGAUAGCAUUGACCACGUCUACCGACUGGCCCACAUGCUGCAAAAAGACAGAUACUGUACUGACCUGCGCAAAUACUUUUGCAUUAAUGUACAUGUACAUCUUUCUGCUACAAACCUGUUUAGCUUUAUCAUGUUAAGACACGUUUUAAAAGCACUUUUGGAUUGUUUAGUUAAUUUCACACGCUAGGACCUCUUCACUCUCCGUCUGGGUACUUCAAUGUGAUUGCGUUGGCUUGACGAAGCUUUCAAGCCAUAUCCACCAAAUAUUUAUCCACCAAUAUUUUAUUAAAUACUUUGCAUAACACAUUAGCAACCAGUCAGAACACCUUAACGGCCAUCUACAUAGCAACCAGCCAACACCUUUGCAACUACCUAGCAACCAGCCAGAACACCCGA